CAUGCAAACAUGCAUAGGCGAUGAAUCACAGCCUCCCUCCGGCGCUAUUGUACGUAUCGCUUAGAUCCUACCCCAAAAAUCAUGGUGCUGGAUUAUGUCGUGGUUGGCUGGUUGAUCGAUCAUGCAUAUACAGUAUAUGGAUUGCUGGCUGCCUACUGUAUUGACAGGGAAAGGCCUAUCCGCUGCGGGAUUGGGGAGACAUCCAUGUUAUGUUGGUUACAGGUUUCGAGGUGGACGAGGUGUUUCGUUCGUUGGGGUCCAUUUAUCCAUGUCUGGGGGCCGGGUUGGGGGCGCCUUGGUUGGUUGCAUCUAGACUUGAAUGGCCUUGUAUCAGCCCCAGCUCCAUGGAGGCUUAGUCCGGUGGUUUAUUGCCCUGCCUACCUGCCUACCUGCCCUGUGCUUAGGGUUGGGGCUGCAUGUACUGUGCUGAUGUGUAGGGUUGUCGAGGUCAAUGCACGCAGGGAAGGAUUUAUAGUUGGGAUGGAGAUAAGGUGGUCUUGGCGGGGUGGUAGCUGGGGGUUUAUUUAUGCUCGUAGAUAUAAUUAUGGGGUUACUUGUUUGAUUGGUGGCUACAUGUGUCUGAGUCUAGUCGUUGCGCUUUGGGGAUGAGGAUGCAUGUGCCAGGUGGAUGCAUAGGUAUGUUAUCGGGUGUAGCAGCCGCUUCCAACUCAUGCGUGCUGGUCUGGUGGGUAUAUGGUCAAGUUCCGCGACCUGGAUAAUCGGCCGGAUAUUUCAAGAUAGAGUGCUUAAAGGCACCAAUUGCAGG